GUUCUGAAAGUGGCUAUUAGCUAAUGUUCACUCACAACGGUAUCUAAAUAUUUUCUUUCUAAUUAGUUAAUUGUUUCAACUAAUUGUUCUUUAAUUGUCAACCUUGAGUAUGUCACAAAUAUUUCGAAAUGUCAUCGGUGCCAUAAGAUUAAAUCAAUCGGUCAAAUCUCAGAUUUCUUAUGUUCCUUCCAGACGAUUAGCCUCAGAAAAGUCUUACAAUCAAGUUAUUUUACUUGGGAGAGUAGGAACCGAGCCAAUGGCUAAAGGAACGGAGGAAAGGCCGGUAGUUGUUUUCUCUUUGGCCACAAAUGUUAAUAUUAAAACGGAAGAGGAAGGAGAAUAUUCUCAGAAAACAAAUUGGCACAGAAUUUCUGUAUUUAAACAGAGUUUAAGACGCGUUUGUAUGGAGCAUGUUAAAAAGGGUUCGCGUCUAUUUGUUCAAGGAAGGAUCUCAUAUCAUUCUAUUACCACAGAAUCGAACACAAUUCAAAAAUUAUUCUCAAUUGUUGCAGAUGAAAUAAUUUUGGUAUCUACACCGGAUCGUCAUGAAAAAAUUGAAUCAAUUGAUGAAGUUGAUUGAACAAAAUCACGUUUUCUUUUCUCUUUCAACUUGCUAUAUUUUUUAAUUCAAAAGUGCCAACAAUUGAUUUUUUUGUUCACAAUUCCAAGUUGUAUCAAGUAACAUAAUUAGAUUUAAUUAAUCAUUUUGUAUAAA